CGGUCACACUUGUUUAUAUAUCGACACCGUGCAAGUGUGCAACCAACUUGCUCCACUCACCGACCGGCCAUGGCGAUUCUUGAAGCCACGCUCGUUCUCCUCCUCCUCCUGGUAGCACCGGCGGCCGGCUCCGACGACGCGCUCGCCGCGUCCUGCUCCGGCGCGCGCAGCUUCGCCGCCGACAGCCCCUUCGCCAGCAGCCUGCGCCAGCUGAUGUCGCUCCUCGAGACCAAGGCCCCGGCCAUCGGGUUCGACAUCGGCACCUCUGGCGGCGUGCACGGCCUGGCCCUCUGCCGCGGCGACGUCCCCAGGACGACAUGCGCCGAGUGCAUCCGCUCCGCGGGCGCCCAGGCCCAGCGCCUCUGCUCGUCCAAGAAGGACGCCGUCGUGUGGCUCGACGCCUGCAUGCUCCGCUACUCGGACGAGCACUUCUUCGGCGAGGUCGACGCCGACCACAGCUUCGUCGUGCCGGGCGGCGUCCAGGACGCGGCGAGGUCGGCCGAGUUCGACAACGAGGUCGCCGGCAUGAUGAAGAGGCUCACGAGGACGGCGUACCUCUCGCCGCUGCUGUUCGCCGCCGGGGCGGCCGAGGCGGUCGCCGGGACGCGGAGACUGCACGGGCUCGCCCAGUGCACCAAGGACCUGUCCGGUGGGGACUGCAAGCUGUGCCUAGAGGCCGCCAUUGGUAAGCUGCUGGCGAGAGGGUGCGCCAAGGAGGGAGGGAUGGUGUUAGGCGGAAGCUGCAGUUUGAGAUACGAUCUGUAUCCCAUUUUUGAUUCCUAGCUAGGUGGCGGUACCUUCCCUUAAUUUGUUGUUGUAAUUAAGGUGUCCACUCUUAUACCCACAUGCAUUGUUCAUACAAAUUCUCAUGAAUAUAUUCAGAUACAAGAAACUUCAGUUUAUGUUUGUAAAACAAAACAAGGGUGGGAACUAGGAAUACUAUCUGCCGAAUAUAAAUCACUUUGACAUUCUUUGCUUUCAUGCGAUUGGUCGUUAAAUUUAA